AUGAAGCUCUCUAUCCUCCUCCUCGGCACAGCUAUCGGCGCCAUGGCCGUUCCCCACGGGGGCCACAUCGUCCGCGAUACUCCUUCCAUCUCCGAGGGCGUCAGCGCCAGCUCCACGCCUACUACACUGGUUACUGCUAGUAGUGCCACAACCCCCAGCAGUGCCUCCCCCAGUAGCAUGGCCCCCAGCAGCAGCGUUUUUCCUAGCAGCAGCAGCGCAAUCCCCACCCCUACUAGCACCCCCGUGCAUACCACGCCGUCGCCGUCGCCGUCCGCCUCAAAACCGACUGACCGACUCGCAGAAGCAGAAGAAUCCCUUCCUGUCAAAGGUAAGUACUUAACUGAGAACGCAAAUCCCGUUGCGAAAUUGGCGUGUCCCUCCAUUGAUUGCUAUGGAAACGUGACGGGGCUAUUGGAUGUGCUCGGAUCGAUAGUCGGCGCUUGA